UGGAUUCCUCUCUCUCUUCUCCACACUCCACUAUCUCCAUCCCCUUCCACUCGCUCUCUCCCUCCCUCUCUCUCUCCGCCAGGGGGAAAGGCAAAGGAAAAAGGAAGGCGCGGGAGGCCAGCCGGUGGUGGGGAAUGGCCGGCGCGUCCUCGCCGCCCCCGACGCCCAAGUCGCCCAAGCUGCAGCCGCCGCUCCUCGAGCGCGCCAAGGGCCCCUCCGGCCUCGACAAGAUCGUGCUCCGCGACCCGCGCGGGUUCACCGCCGAGGUCCGUCUAUAUGGAGGGCAAGUUACCUCUUGGAAGAAUGAGCAGGGGGAUGAGUUACUUUUUGUAAGCAGCAAGGCAGUUUUCAAGUCUCCAGGAGCAAUUCGUGGUGGCAUACCCAUCUGCUUUCCCCAGUUUGGAACACAUGGAAAUCUUGAAAAACAUGGAUUUGCAAGGAACCGGCUAUGGCUCGUUGAUGAUAAUCCUCCACCACUCCCAGUAAACAGCGGUAUUAAAACUUAUGCAGAUCUCAUUCUGAAGCCUUCUGAAGAAGAUCUCAAGAUCUGGCCUCACAGAUUUGAAUUCCGGUUAAGAGUUGCUCUUGGACCCAAAGGAGAUUUGUUUCUUACUUCCCGAAUUAGAAACACCAACACUGAUGGAAAACCUUUCUCAUUUACAUUUGCAUAUCAUACAUACUUCUCCGUGUCUGACAUAAGCGAAGUACGUAUUGAAGGGCUGGAAACAAUGGACUACUUUGACAACCUGAAGGGAAAAGAGCGAUUCACAGAGCAGGGGGAUGCUCUUGUGUUUGAAUCAGAGAUUGAUAAAGUAUAUCUGGACACACCACCAAAAAUUGCAAUUAUUGAUCAUGAGAAGAAAAGAACAUUUGUGCUUAGGAAAGAUGGGCUUCCAGAUGCUGUUGUAUGGAACCCAUGGGAGAGGAGGUCAAAAACCAUUCUUGAUUUUGGUGAUGAAGAAUAUAAGCACAUGUUGUGUGUGGAGCCUGCAGCUGUUGAGAAGCCCAUUACCUUGAAGCCUGGUGAAGAGUGGAAAGGAAGGUUGGAGCUCUCAGCUGUUCCUUCCAGUUACUAUAGUGGUCAGUUAGAUCCAGACAAGGUUCUUCAUGGUUGAAAAUCCUCACUUGGUUCAUCUCGUACAGGAACACUUCAUGGCACUUUAUAUUACCUGGUGCUUUGUCUGUCCGGUGUUGAUGCUAUGUGGACUUUCCCAGGGGCUCUCAUUUCCUUGUCGUCUCCACCUCCAUAUGUUCAUUCCUUUAUAUAUAGAAGGAGGCGAGCACCGGAAUAACGAAACCUCCCCAGCGGCUCAAUCUCUGAACCUGUCUUCGGUGAACUCAGUCCAGUGUUCAGUCGCAGCAAGAAAGAAGCGAAUAAUAGCAUUCCGUAGUUUAGGGUUGCCUCCUGGCCCUGGACAAUGGGUGGUUUGUUGUACUUCUGCAUCGGGCUAGGAAAUCUACUACCAAUUGUUAUCAGACUAUUGUCUGUACUCCUCUAAGAUCUGUACAUAUGCUAUCUUAGGAACUUCCUGGUGUGAGAUAAGUUAAGGAGCACAAUUUAUCAUGUGCUGCUGGUAAUGCAAGUGUGUUCUAAACCUUAAUAACAAGUGGAUUCUCUUAUUACCUUGUCAA